CCUCGAUAUCGCCCAAUAGGGGUCGGCGUUGGGCGGGACUUUUGCCUGACACCGAUUCAGUCGCAGGAAGAAACAGUAGUUUGAUACCGUGCCGAAGACAUGUGUGGAAUAUUUGCGUACCUCAACUAUCACGUCCCUCGCACUCGCCGUGAGAUCCUCGAGAUCCUGCUCAAAGGUCUGCAGCGGCUGGAGUACCGCGGCUAUGACUCAGCAGGUGUGGGCAUCGAUGGAGGAAACAGCAAGGACUGGGAGAGCAAUGCCAAGAGCAUCCAGCUGAUCAAACAGAGAGGCAAAGUCAAGGUCCUGGACGAGGAGAUCCACAAGCAGCAGGACAUUGACCUAGAUGUGGAGUUUGACGUCCACCUCGGUAUCGCGCACACGCGCUGGGCCACACACGGCGUUCCCAGUCCUGUCAACAGCCACCCACAGAGAUCUGACAAACACAACGAGUUCAUCGUCAUUCAUAAUGGAAUCAUUACCAACUACAAAGACCUCAGGAAGUUCCUGGAGAGUAAAGGUUAUGAGUUUGAGUCAGACACUGACACUGAGAGCAUCGCUAAGCUGGUGAAGUACAUGUACGACAACCGCGAGAACGACGAGGUCAGCUUCGCCACGCUCGUCGAGCAGGUCACCCUGCAGUUGGAGGGAGCCUUCGCCCUGGUGUUCAAGAGCGUGCACUUCCCGGGACAGGCUGUGGGAACAAGGAGAGGAAGUCCACUGCUGAUGGGUGUAAAGAGCGACCACAAGCUCUCGACCGACCACAUUUCCAUCCUCUACCGCUCAGGUGGUCUGGACAAGAAGAGCUGUGGUGGUUCUCUACCCAGGAUGGACCAGGACACCUGCCUGUUUCCCGUGGAUGAGAAAGCCGUGGAGUAUUACUUCGCCUCUGAUGCCAGCGCUGUGAUCGAGCACACGAACCGAGUCAUCUUCCUGGAAGACGACGACAUCGCCGCCGUGUCGGACGGCCGUCUGUCGAUCCACCGGAUCAAACGGAGAGCAGGAGAUCGUCCUGCUCGCGCCAUCCAGACCCUGCAGAUGGAGCUGCAGCAGAUCAUGAAGGGUAAUUUCAGCUCUUUCAUGCAGAAGGAGAUCUUCGAGCAGCCGGAGUCUGUCGUCAACACCAUGAGGGGCAGAGUGAACUUCGAUGACAACACAGUGACGUUAGGAGGAUUGAAAGAUCACAUUAAGGAGAUCCAGAGAUGUCGGAGGCUCAUCCUUAUUGCAUGUGGAACAAGCUAUCAUGCAGGAGUGGCAACCCGUCAGGUUUUGGAGGAGUUAACUGAGCUGCCCGUCAUGGUGGAACUGGCCAGCGACUUCCUGGAUCGCAACACCCCCGUCUUCCGAGACGACGUGUGCUUCUUCAUUAGCCAGUCAGGCGAGACGGCGGACAGCCUGCUGGCACUGCGGUACUGUAAGGAGCGCGGCGCCCUCACCGUGGGCAUCACCAACACCGUGGGCAGCUCUAUCUCCCGUGAGACUGACUGCGGCGUCCACAUCAACGCCGGGCCUGAAAUCGGAGUGGCCAGCACCAAGGCGUACAGCAGCCAGUUUGUGGCCCUCAUCAUGUUCGCCCUGCUCAUGUGCUCGGACAGAAUUUCCAUGCAGCCCAGGAGGCGGGAGAUCAUUCAGGGCCUCAAAGUGCUGCCAGAUCUGAUAAAGGAGGUUUUGAGUCUGGAUGAGGAGAUCCAGAAGCUGGCCGCCGAGCUGUACCAGCAGAAGAGCGUGCUCAUCAUGGGCCGAGGCUUCCACUACGCCACCUGCCUGGAGGGAGCGCUGAAAAUUAAAGAGAUCACCUACAUGCACUCUGAGGGCAUCCUGGCAGGAGAGCUGAAGCAUGGCCCUCUGGCUCUGGUGGACAAACUCAUGCCUGUUAUAAUGAUCAUCAUGAGGGAUCACACAUACAUCAAGUGCCAAAAUGCUCUGCAGCAAGUGGUGGCAAGACAGGGUCGUCCCAUAGUGAUCUGCGACAAGGACGACUACGAGACCAUAAAGAACUCGAGCCGUUCUAUUAAAGUGCCGCAUUGCGUGGACUGUCUGCAGGGGAUCCUCAGUGUCAUCCCACUCCAGCUGCUGUCCUUCCACCUGGCCGUGCUCAGAGGAUACGAUGUGGAUUGCCCAAGGAACUUGGCAAAGUCCGUCACGGUGGAGUAAAGCCCUGGUGUGUCACCUUCAGAAUCUGAACACACACACACACACACACACACACACACACACACACACACACACACACACACACAAAUACUGGAAUUGAAAAACAAAAAAUUCUAUAGCAUUUCUUUCUCAAACAUUUUUUUUUUUCCUUGUUCCUUUCUGAGCCUCUGUGUGAGGAGUAGCGGCUGUUGAUUGUAUCGUAUUAUUAAUCGGUGGUGGCAGGGUGUGGGGCGGCCAUCUUUAACACACUUCCUCCUCUGUGACGGGUGGUUUAAUCGAACUCCACGUUAGUACAGUAGUUUAUCUUGGUGUAUUAUGUUACAUUUUACCAUGUGCAGUUUAGUCUAUCAAUGCUGCUUUGCUACAGCCAGACAUUUAAUUCAUCUCUCCACUGAUUCCCAAUGAGUACUAUUUCUUUUAUAUAGCGGUAUAAUAAAUGUUCUUGAUCUUCAUGUCAAAGAUAAUAAACGCGUGGACGUGUUCGGCCUGCCGUACGCUAGCUGACGGAAACGUCACGUGCUCUCGCCGAAUCGUACACGAGGUCGUGUCAGCAUAGUGGUAGCAACGUGAGUCGAACGUGGUCAGCGUUCCUCCGUCGUCACAGUGGAGGAUCCGCACGUCAUUCGCGUGCUCGUCGUGUUUUUGUUUUUUUUCGGAGCCUUGCCUGGCACAAGUUCUCACUAGUUACUGAAGUCCUGACUGCAGGGAUUUUUCUGAUUUCUGUAUUUACUUGAAUUUUAUCUUCAGCACAGUUACACACGUUACAUCUUAUUGUUACUGACUUUGCCUGUUAUCUGUUGCGCGCCGUGAAGCUCCAUUAGCCAACUUGUCCUGACGUACACCUGUUUAUACUACGCCGCUGUCGAAUCUGAAGCUGUGGGUUGAUCUUCGAUAACCGUAACUCCGAGAGUCGUUCCAGUUCAUGUUAAUGCCUUUUGGUCCUUUCGUUUCUAUAGUAACGGCUCAUUAUCAGGGACUUCCCCAUGGACGUCUGUGCACAAUCUAAGUCUAGUGAAAGAAAACAAAUUGACCGUUUAUGGAAGGAGUCUCCAGUUUCAGCACUUUUGUAACAGUCGGGUUGUUUUUCCACCAUGGGAAAGUCUUCAGGGCAGAGGAGUUUAGGCUUUCCAGUUCCUCUGUAACAUUAUUAUGAAGCCAGGUUCAUAAUGUAGCAGCCUUGAAUUUAUCAUCUCCAGGUAUUUUUGCUUUGUUUGUGUUUCUUUUUUCUUUUUUUUUUUUUACUUUGAAGAAUAUGAGUUUCAUGUUUACAUAGUAGCUGCCAGUCAAAGCAGAAAACAUGAAGUAAAUCCCUCCCCCUUUGUGUACACAGCUACUCCACACCACGCCACCUUCCUCCUCUUUGAAUGUUACCAUGGGACCAUAUGAUUUAUACGUGCGCUUUUGUUCUUUGGUUCUUCGUCUUUUCUUUAUUAAUGUUGUUGUUUUUUUUUUUGUUUUUUUUUACUGAUCUACUCUUUAUUACUAUAAUGCCUGUAUACCCAAGUGUGAAAACAUCUUGUUAUUUUGAAUUUUUCCCUUUAUGUUGAAAUACUUAUCAAUAAUAAUAAUAACGAAUUAUUGUUAAAUCUUGUAGACGUUUCUGAUGGUCAGCUCUGAUCCAGCGCCGAGUUGAACGAGGUGCACGCGCUCGUUUCGUCAGGUCUACGUUACCACCAAAUUUUCUAUUUAUUGGUCAUUUCCAUUCCCUUAUUUUACAGUCCUCUUGUUCAUUCGAGUGCUUUAUUAGCAGUCAGGUCGGGGGUGAUUUUAUGCAUUUCCACUGUAAUUCCACCGUACAUGUAUAGAUGAACCCAAAAUCGAAAAAGAAAAUUCCUUGUUCGUAAAUGCUGCAGAGUCUCUUGUAGCAGUUUUAGAGCCUUGUUCCCCGAUUAAAACGACGGCGCUGUAUCAAGCCAUUGCGUUUUUGAAUGUGGUUAUGGGAUUUUAUUUACGAUCCGAGUAGUUGCAAUAAAAUUGUCAAUAAUUA